UGAGGCAGGGGGGGUGCGCUCUCCUUCUCGGGCUCCCUGCGUCCCCUAGCAGCUCCUCUUCGCACGCAGAGAAGGGGGGUUCAGCUUGGCCGAGGAAUGAAAACUCUCGCCCUAGGCAGCGUCUCCUUCUUCGUCUUCUGCCUUCUGCAAGAGCACAUCCAGCUCAGGUUGGUUUCCGGGAAAGAGGAGAUUAAAUCCACUUCCACAGGCUCUGGCCAGCCGAUGUCACCCUCUGAUUUCUUGGACAAGCUCAUGGGAAAAACGUCAGGGUAUGACGCCCGGAUUCGACCUAACUUCAAAGGCCUGCCUGUCAAUGUGACAUGCAACAUCUUCAUCAACAGCUUCGGCUCUGUCACAGAAACCACCAUGGAUUACCGGGUGAACGUCUUCUUGCGCCAGCAGUGGAACGACCCCCGCCUGGCGUACAGGGAGUACCCAGAUGACUCACUGGACCUGGACCCCUCCAUGCUGGACUCCAUCUGGAAGCCAGAUUUGUUCUUUGCCAACGAAAAGGGGGCCAACUUCCAUGAGAUCACCACUGACAACAAGCUGCUGCGCAUCUUCAAGAAUGGCAAUGUGCUGUACAGCAUCAGGCUGACGCUGAUCCUCUCCUGCCCCAUGGAUCUCAAGAACUUCCCCAUGGACAUCCAGACAUGCACCAUGCAGCUGGAGAGCUUUGGCUACACCAUGAAUGACCUGAUCUUUGAGUGGCUGGAGGAGCAAGAAGCUGUCCAAGUGGCAGAGGGCUUGACGCUCCCACAGUUUAUUCUGAGGGAUGAAAAGGAUUUGGGAUAUUGUACGAAGUACUACAACACAGGAAAGUUCACCUGCAUUGAGGUGAAGUUCCACCUAGAGAGACAAAUGGGCUAUUACCUGAUCCAGAUGUACAUUCCCAGCCUGCUGAUUGUCAUCCUCUCCUGGGUCUCCUUUUGGAUCAAUAUGGAUGCUGCACCCGCCCGGGUAGGGCUGGGGAUCACCACAGUGCUGACCAUGACCACCCAGAGUGCGGGCUCCCGGGCCUCUCUGCCAAAGGUCUCCUAUGUGAAGGCCAUUGAUAUCUGGAUGGCCGUGUGCCUGCUCUUUGUCUUCGCCGCCCUGCUGGAAUACGCGGCCGUCAACUUCGUCUCCCGCCAGCACAAGGAGUUCAUGCGCCUGCGCAGGAGGCAGCGGCGUCAGAGGAUGGGCCUGACCAGCCAGACGCCCAGCCUGGAGUCCUUGCAGCAGCUGAAUGGCCUGACCAGCCGCGAGCCCACCUAUGGAACGCUCUCUCAGUUCUGCAGCUCCAGCUCCAGCUCCAGCUCCAGGGAGGAAGAGGUUGUCCGUGAGAGCCGCUUCUACUUCCGUGGCUACGGCCUAGGCCACUGCAUGCAUGUGAAGGGUGGCAGUGCUGUGGAGGGUCCCAGCAUCUACAGCCCCCCUCCGCCAACCCCUUUCCUGAGGGAGGGAGAGGCAAUCCUCAGGCGCUACGUCGACAGGGCCAAGCGGAUCGACACUAUCUCCCGAGCCGUCUUCCCCUUCACCUUCCUGGUGUUUAACAUCUUCUACUGGGUGAUCUACAAAGUGCUGCGGUCUGAGGACAUCCACCAGGCACCUUGAUGCAACACGGGACAUGGCGCCAGGCAGGGGAGCUGCUAUGUCUUCCCAGUCUCAUAUGCGCACUGAGGUGUGGGCUGGAACCUUCCACCAGCACCAGUCAGACACUAGUAGGUUUGCCAGGACCUUGUCUCUCUCUGACCCAGAGCUUCUAGUACCAGCUGAGAAACUUGGGCAUGCUCUGCAUGGUGUUAGGGGGCACGAUGCUGCCUGUGAGGACCCGGCUGUACUCCAUCUACCCAUACUCUAGCAUGGCAUUGGGGUUUGCUGUGCUGCUUGAGGCACUGGCCUUUAUCAUCUAGACAUGCUCCAUCUCCCAGCAGGGAGUUGGGGAGUACUGCACUGCAGCUGUCCGUAACCAGUAUGGCUUUAGAGGGUGCUAUGAUGCUGGAGCUGCUGCCCUCCAAAAAAGAGACAUGUUCCAUCCCCUGAUAGUAAUCAGCAUGGUAACAUGGGAUAAUGUACUGCUGGGAGCAUAUCAUUCUAGAAUGGGACACUCCAUCUUUUCAAUACCCCCAGCAGCACAGAGCUGGGGGCGCUAGGCUACCCCGUGCCACAACUUGGACAGGUGCCAUCUCACACCACCCCAGCAAAGUGACAGAGGAUGUUUGCUGCUGGAGGUGCUGUCCUCCCUAACCCAGCUAUAAGACACCUGCUAAUGCCCUACCUUGGUAAUGCUGUGCUCCUGGGGGUUCUGUCCUCCUCCAUAAUCUGCUGUAGAAAUGUGGACAACAGUCAGUUCGUGGUCAGACUAGAUGAAAGUCACCAUAACAGUGCUCCCAACACAGCCCCAGCAUAGUGCUAGGAUGCAUUGUGCUGCUAGAAGCGUUGUGUACCAUCCUCCAGCUGCCAACAACCUAGCAUGGUGAUGGAGGGUGCUGUACUGCCACUAUGGUUAUUAACCAGAUCUUGAGCUCUUCUUAAACUGGCAAAGCUCAUCCAGCCAUGCAAACCAGGCCAGGCAGCAAUGGACACAUAGGGUAAUUAAUUCUUCCUCUGAUAUUUACAUUCUUAGCCUUCUCGUCUCCUCGCUCUUACCCUUGAUUCUUUAUGGCCACAGGGCAGAGGUGCUUGCUAGGGGCACCCCUUUUGGUGAGCAUGUCAAGUGCAAGACACCCAGCCUC